AGAUCGGACCUGGUCCGAUUAGACCCGUUUCACUGAGUCUGUCUGAACAAAGUCUGCAUUUUGAUAAAAACGGACUUAUCUCAGCUAUCGUUUUAUUUCCGUGUCUCUUCUAUGAAGCCUGUUAGUGGGCAUGCUAACAGCUAGCAUCACCGCGACAGCUGCUUUGCGGCAAACACCUGAUCAGAGGGGAAGCGGAAGAGAGAGGAAAGUGCGCAUCAGAAAAGCAGAGCCGCGCGGAGUGAUCAAUACCGAUAAAUAACAAAUAUCAGAAAAUAUCUGAUUAGAACAGAGAGAUGAGCCGCGCAGGCGCAGAAUUGAAGAUUAUGUUCAGCCCGGGGCGUGUGCAGCUGGUUCAGGACGAGGUGGUGGUCCCAGGCCUGAGGGUCCUGGUUACCGGGGCGACAGGUCUUCUCGGUCGAGCAGUCUGCAGAGAGUUUCAGAACAAUGGCUGGUUGGUUAUCGGGACUGGAUACAGGAGAGCUAGGCCCCGCCUCCUCCGCUGUGACCUCACUGAUGAGGACGCUGUCAGAGGCCUACUGCACGAGUACAAGCCUGAUGUGAUCGUCCACUGUGCAGCAGAGAGACGUCCAGAUGUUGUGGAGAGACACACUGAAGCAGCUGUUAAUCUCAAUGUGCAUGCCACGAGCACUCUCGCCAAGGAGGCAGCCGUCUGUGGAGCCUUCUUCCUCUACAUCAGCACUGACUACGUGUUUGAUGGAAGGAAUCCUCCGUACGGAGAAGACGACAGUCCAAAUCCUCUUAACGUUUAUGGGCGAAGUAAACUGGAGGGGGAGAGAGAGACACUGCGGCACUGUCCAGGUGCGGUGGUGCUACGGGUGCCUGUUCUGUUUGGGGAGGUGGAGUCGGUGAUGGAAAGUGCCGUCACUUCACUGUGGCAAAAAGUUCAGGAGACGACAGAGAGCUGCACACUGGAUCACUGCCAGCAGAGAUUCCCCACCGACGCUCGAGACGUCGCUGCUGUCUGCAGGAAGCUGUCAGAGGGAGGGAGACAGGACCCGUCUAUCAGAGGAAUCUUUCAUUUCUCAGCUAAAGAGCAGAUGACCAAGUAUGAGAUGGCUGUCGCCAUCGCUCAGGCCUUCAACCUGCCGUCUAACCACCUCAUACCUCUGACGGAGCAGCCAGCAGCAUCGGCUCUUCGGCCAAUCAACAGUCGGUUAAACUGUUCUCGUCUGGAGCUGCUGAACCUGAGCGUCGAACCCAGACCUUUCACCUCCGCCAUCACCGACUGUCUGUGGCCGUUCACGCCCGACAAACGCUGGCGACAGACCGUCUUCCACUGACAGACAGACAGGUAGACAGACAGAUCUGAUUGAUGAUUAAAAACACAGAGACCUUAAACCUGGUGGAAGACGAGUUGGUCCUGUGUCUGUAGGACAAGCAGAAGUACUUUACCUUGACAAUAACUCAGUUCAAAUUGAGUUAUGGUCUGCGCCUGUGUCUUUUAUGCUAAAGGUGUGUGACUGUGUGCAGACGGUCUUUGAGGCCUCCUCUUUGAUCCUGCAUUGGUUAGAUGUCACUAGGUGGCGCCGUUCCAGAGCUUUAAGAAGUGACUUCUGGGAGCACUGCUCUCUUUUUCUGGCACUAGGAGUCUCAUCAUCUCAGUAUAUUCACUAAUAAACCUGUGACUGUCACCACUGCAGUGAUGAGUCUCAAACAGUCUCAGUGUUUGUGAAUCCUGGACUGUUCUUCACAUCGUUCAGGGCUGUGCUGGAUGAGUUGCAUGUCUGUUACACAUGAGGCUGGAAGAUGUUCAAACAAUUUUAUCCAGUACAGUUUCUCCAUUUGCUCGUGCUGUCAACAGAAAUCUUUUACAACAUGAUUAAUGUCUGUGCCACAACAUGCUGCCUUUCAACUGUGCUCCUCUAAAUGGUUACAGUACAUUAUGUAGUACUUCCUGGACACUUCAGUCUGUAGAGAUGCUGUCUCCCCUUUUCCUCCCCUCUUGUAUUAAAUCCAUUUAGGGCAUAAAACCAUGUCACCAUAAAACUAUGAUGCUUCAGAGUUUUCAGCAACUUGAUGGAGUUGAUACACACAUUUAAUCACAUAUUUUCUAUAUAGGAACUUUCAUACAAGUCAAAUUCAGUUUAAAGUACUUUACACGUGACUGACAAAUGUAAAAGAUGGCAAUAGUGGACUGGGAGACUAAUGCACGUCAAAAUACAAAUCUUGGCGUUGGGGAUAGGAAUAUACAGUCCUGUUUGAAAUUAUCGGCAACCCGGAAUUUAAGUCUACAAUUUAGAA